UAUUGAUUGAACCUUAAUCUCAAGUUACGUUACAUUCUUAUUAAAUCACGAAAAACUAAAUAGUCUAUCGCGUAAAAUAAGUGCUUCUGAAAAUUAAGUUUGAAACAACUGUGUAUUUUUUUCUGGACACAGGAAAUUUUUAAGUUUAAAAAUAUCUAAUUAAAAAAUAAAAAUGUUUAUAUGACGUAUAUAUCAACCAAAAGUUAUCUGAGGUGAAAAGCGCAGACAUUUUUUUUUCGGCAUUUCUUUAAAGACAUUAAAGUUAUCGGAUGAUAAACAAAAAUAGUUAAAAUAAUAACUAGUCAAUGACUACAACGCUUUUAUUAAAAGUCAACUAUGAUGUUUGGUUUAAAAGUUAUUUACAGAUAAAGCGGCGGAAGAUGAUUUUUUUUUUUUUAAUUGGAAAAAUUUAAAUCACUGAUAACUGUAGUUAUCUAAAUCUAAAUUAAAUACAAUGCAAAGAAAUAUACGUGGCACAACAUUUUCACAGAUCAAAUGCGUUUUUGUGGGAUCCCUUAUUAAUACAAAUUGUAAAACAAACUAAAAAAUAUGAAGAAAUAAAAAAAAAGAAAAAAGAUAAUAAUGCCGUUAAGUUUCUCAAAACCGAAAAUUUUAAUUUGCGUACCAGCUCAGUUGAUUUAACAGAAUAAUAAGCACGAGUGUUUUAUAAAAUAAUGUCUGCCAUAUGUGCAACAGGUUGAGAAUCAUUGUUUUAUCUAAGUGCAAAUAUUCGGAAAGGUGAAAAAAAGGGGUAGAAUAUUAAUUAUUUUCGCAAGUAUAAAAGUCGACGCAUCAAGAGCUUGGCACAAGUGUAACUGAAAUAAGCUAAGUAAUCACUUAAAGUUCUUUUAAAAGAAUAACAACAAUAAAAAAUGAGGGGAUACACGCUUGCUUUCAUAGCUUUAAGUGCCAUAGUCAUAGUCGCGACUAUUCACACUACGGCAGCAACUUGUAGCAAUGAAUGUAAACCAUCAAAAGACGACUGUAGACUGUUGCAAAAAAUGAGAAGAUUAAAACACCUAAGACAUCGUGGAGGUAGAAAAUGUCAUAAUAUCAAGCACUCUGGUUCAGAUGGUGACUCUGGAUCAGGAGACAGUGAUAAUUCUCAUGCCGAAUCCCAAAGCGGAGCCGACUCUGCCGCACAAAGCAACUCUGGAUCAAAUAGCAAAUCGGCUAGCCACUCGAAGUCACACUCUGGUGCCCGCUCCAAGUCCCAAGCAGGGUCGGGCUCGUGUUCACACACCACUUCUGGAGCAGGUUCACAAGGAUCUUCUGAGGCUGGUUCAAGCGCCAAUUCCGGAGCAAGCUCUGGAUCUUCUACCGACUCUGGAUCAGGUUCACAAGGAUCUUCUGAGGCUGGUUCAAGCGCCAAUUCCGGAGCAAGCUCUGGAUCUUCUACCGACUCUGGAUCAGGUUCACAAGGAUCUUCUGAGGCUGGUUCAAGCGCCAAUUCCGGAGCAAGCUCUGGAUCUUCUACUGACUCUGGAUCAGGUUCACAAGGAUCGUCUGAGGCUGGUUCAAGCGCCAAUUCCGGAGCAAGCUCUGGAUCUUCUACCGACUCUGGAUCAGGUUCACAAGGAUCUUCUGAGGCUGGUUCAAGCGCCAAUUCCGGAGCAAGCUCUGGAUCUUCUACCGACUCUGGAUCAGGUUCACAAGGAUCUUCUGAGGCUGGUUCAAGCGCCAAUUCCGGAGCAAGCUCUGGAUCUUCUACUGACUCUGGAUCAGGUUCACAAGGAUCGUCUGAGGCUGGUUCAAGCGCCAAUUCCGGAGCAACCUCUGGAUCUUCUACCGACUCUGGAUCAGGUUCACAAGGAUCGUCUGAGGCUGGUUCAAGCGCCAAUUCCGGAGCAUCGUCUGGAUCUUCUACAGACUCUGGAUCAGGUUCACAAGGAUCGUCUGAGGCUGGUUCAAGCGCCAAUUCCGGAGCAAGCUCUGGAUCUUCUACCGACUCUGGAUCAGGUUCACAAGGAUCUUCUGAGGCUGGUUCAAGCGCCAAUUCCGGAGCAAGCUCUGGAUCUUCUACUGACUCUGGAUCAGGUUCACAAGGAUCGUCUGAGGCUGGUUCAAGCGCCAGUUCCGGAGCAUCGUCUGGAUCUUCUACAGACUCUGGAUCAGGUUCACAAGGAUCGUCUGAGGCUGGUUCAAGCGCCAAUUCCGGAGCAAGCUCUGGAUCUUCUACCGACUCUGGGUCAGGUUCACAAGGAUCUUCUGAGGCUGGUUCAAGCGCCAAUUCCGGAGCAAGCUCUGGAUCUUCUACCGACUCUGGAUCAGGUUCACAAGGAUCUUCUGAGGCUGGUUCAAGCGCCAAUUCCGGAGCAAGCUCUGGAUCUUCUACUGACUCUGGAUCAGGUUCUCAAGGAUCGUCUGAGGCUGGUUCAAGCGCCAAUUCCGGAGCAACCUCUGGAUCUUCUACCGACUCUGGAUCAGGUUCACAAGGAUCGUCUGAGGCUGGUUCAAGCGCCAAUUCCGGAGCAUCGUCUGGAUCUUCUACAGACUCUGGAUCAGGUUCACAAGGAUCUUCUGAGGCUGGUUCAAGCGCCAAUUCCGGAGCAAGCUCUGGAUCUUCUACCGACUCUGGAUCAGGUUCACAAGGAUCGUCUGAGGCUGGUUCAAGCGCCAAUUCCGGAGCAUCGUCUGGAUCUUCUACAGACUCUGGAUCAGGUUCACAAGGAUCUUCUGAGGCUGGUUCAAGCGCCAAUUCCGGAGCAAGCUCUGGAUCUUCUACCGACUCUGGAUCAGGUUCACAAGGAUCGUCUGAGGCUGGUUCAAGCGCCAAUUCCGGAGCAUCGUCUGGAUCUUCUACAGACUCUGGAUCAGGUUCACAAGGAUCGUCUGAGGCUGGUUCAAGCGCCAAUUCCGGAGCAUCGUCUGGAUCUUCUACCGACUCUGGAUCAGGUUCACAAGGAUCUUCUGAGGCUGGUUCAAGCGCCAAUUCCGGAGCAAGCUCUGGAUCUUCUACCGACUCUGGAUCAGGUUCACAAGGAUCUUCUGAGGCUGGUUCAAGCGCCAAUUCCGGAGCAAGCUCUGGAUCUUCUACCGACUCUGGGUCAGGUUCACAAGGAUCUUCUGAGGCUGGUUCAAGCGCCAAUUCCGGAGCAAGCUCUGGAUCUUCUACUGACUCUGGAUCAGGUUCACAAGGAUCGUCUGAGGCUGGUUCAAGCGCCAAUUCCGGAGCAACCUCUGGAUCUUCUACCGACUCUGGGUCAGGUUCACAAGGAUCUUCUGAGGCUGGUUCAAGCGCCAAUUCCGGAGCAAGCUCUGGAUCUUCUACAGACUCUGGAUCAGGUUCACAAGGAUCGUCUGAGGCUGGUUCAAGCGCCAAUUCCGGAGCAACCUCUGGAUCUUCUACCGACUCUGGAUCAGGUUCACAAGGAUCGUCUGAGGCUGGUUCAAGCGCCAAUUCCGGAGCAUCGUCUGGAUCUUCUACAGACUCUGGAUCAGGUUCACAAGGAUCGUCUGAGGCUGGUUCAAGCGCCAAUUCCGGAGCAAGCUCUGGAUCUUCUACCGACUCUGGAUCAGGUUCACAAGGAUCGUCUGAGGCUGGUUCAAGCGCCAAUUCCGGAGCAAGCUCUGGAUCUUCUACCGACUCUGGAUCAGGUUCACAAGGAUCUUCUGAGGCUGGUUCAAGCGCCAAUUCCGGAGCAUCGUCUGGAUCUUCUACAGACUCUGGAUCAGGUUCACAAGGAUCGUCUGAGGCUGGUUCAAGCGCCAAUUCCGGAGCAAGCUCUGGAUCUUCUACAGACUCUGGAUCAGGUUCACAAGGAUCGUCUGAGGCUGGUUCAAGCGCCAAUUCCGGAGCAAGCUCUGGAUCUUCUACCGACUCUGGAUCAGGUUCACAAGGAUCUUCUGAGGCUGGUUCAAGCGCCAAUUCCGGAGCAUCGUCUGGAUCUUCUACAGACUCUGGAUCAGGUUCACAAGGAUCUUCUGAGGCUGGUUCAAGCGCCAAUUCCGGAGCAAGCUCUGGAUCUUCUACCGACUCUGGAUCAGGUUCACAAGGAUCUUCUGAGGCUGGUUCAAGCGCCAAUUCCGGAGCAUCCUCUGGAUCUUCUACCGACUCUGGAUCAGGUUCACAAGGAUCUUCUGAGGCUGGUUCAAGCGCCAAUUCCGGAGCAUCCUCUGGAUCUUCUACCGACUCUGGAUCAGGUUCACAAGGAUCUUCUGAGGCUGGUUCAAGCGCCAAUUCUUCAGCAUCCUCUGGAUCUUCUACUGACUCUGGAUCAGGUUCACAAGGAUCUUCUGAGGCUGGUUCAAGCUCCAAUUCUCAUUCAUCGGCCAGUAGUAAAUCAUUUUCUGGAGCUCGUUCUAAUGGUCCAUCCUCAGGCGGCGCUGGCUCACAUUCAAGCUCAUACUCUAAAUCAAGUUCUAAGUCAAGCUCUGGUUCAGCUGCAAAUUAGUUUCAAUUAUAUAAUUUGUCUACAUAUGCCGUAUAUUCUUUCAAAUAAGUUUAAAAAAUAUCCUAUGAUAAAAUCUAGAUGAAAUAUAUGUGAAGGCAAGCUAUUCCCAACGUGAUUUGUCAAAAGCUUAAAAAAUAUACAAAGGACACGAAAAUAUACUUUAAAAUAAAUGUUUGAACAACUACACGAGCGCGUUUGCGCGCAAAAUAUUACGCUAGUGAUUUAUUACAAUAGAUGAUACAUUGAGUAAAUGCGUUAUUGAGUAGGCUUCAUUAUAUUUUUUGUCUUCCGGCCUAUAUUUUAAUUAUUUUAUCGAACGAUUAAAAAAAUUUUGUAGUAUACAGUUUUAAAAUAACAACUUUUGCAAUUAGUUAUUAAUAGCGCUCGAUCGUGAUUGGAAAUUUUUAAAUGUAGAGAAAGUUUUCGAAAAUUAUACAAUGUUUACACUUAUGAAUUUACUGCAUGAUUAAAAUACCGUUUCAAUAAUUAUUGUCAUUGCUAAGCUUGAAUAGAAAAUCGAAUUCAUGUCAAUUAGUUUUUUUAUUUUACUUUAAAAAAAAAUUGCUUUUUUUUUUUUUUUUUUUUUUUUU